AGCAAAAGAAGAAAAUUUUCCGUUUGUUUCCCGCGAAAAUAUAUUUACAAUAAUUUUCUCUCCCGCGAAAGUAGUGGCAGAAAAAUGACUGUUGUAGAAGAACCAAUCCUCUCCAGACUCGACCGUCUUGACAAAAUCUUGAAGCAUUUGGAAGAAGGAAGAAGCAGCAGCAACAACAGAUCACCAAGGAGCUCAUAUACAUCAUCCACUGGGACUCUAACAAGUGACCGCCAUGGAUCUUCCAUCGAUGAAUUCUCUCCUCAAAGCUUAGAGAAGCACUGCCGUCCGAUCGACGACGUCAUCCUCGAAACCGAGCUCAAGGGUACCCUCCUUGAGAGGCUAGUCCAUGUAGAGCUCCGAGUCUUGAAGUUGUGUUGGCUGUUAGAAGGAGAGAUAAUAGAGGGUGAGAAGAAGACAGAAGAGAUGGCAUCAAUAACAGAGCAGAAAGUAAAGAAGAAGAAGAACAAGGGUGGUUUGAAGCAAUUGGUUAAAUCAUGUGUCAAAGGAAAAUCAUCAUCAGGGAAGGAACAUAGUAAAACCAAGAGUCAUGUUUAUUAAAAUCUUUAAGGCCAUGCUGUCAAUAUAUAUAUAUAUAUAUACACAAGGGUAAGAUGUAUAACUUCCGUAAACCAUAUGAUCUAUGUUUAGGGUUUUUGGGUGCUUUCUAUCUGGUGUUUUGUCUACCAAUCAAUGUUUAAUUACCAAAUAUGUUUUAUGUUAUCGAAGUUUAUGGUUGAUUUGGUUUGAUGUUUUUUGGCUUUUGAUUAGGGAUUGGAUCUUUAAUCUUGGGAACCAAUUUCAUUAUAUGGCAACGGUCUCCGCCAGAAUUGUUAACAAUUUCGCUAGUCCCAAGCCCAAGUUAAGGAGGAAAGUCGUGUGUUAGGUAACCGACAGUAAACACGUAAAA